UUGUCGAGUCUGUGCAUGGUUACCGAUGCCACUUUGUUCCUUCGUUCCUUCGUGACUGAUGCAUACGGAACCCAAUCCAAGUCCGGCCCGUUCGCGCCGGAUUGGGUUCGUCGAAAUCAAACCGGCCUUUCGUAUAUAAACCAUCUCGCCUCGCGUUUCCGCUUUCCGCAUCUGGAAACCCUAAUCCGAAGACCAUCGGACCACGUGUUGAUCGAGAUCGAGUUGAAGGAGAUGGCCGGUGAAGAGGCUGAAAAAACUGCUCCAGCUCUUGGGGAGCCUAUGGACUUGAUGACAGCUCUCCAACUUGUGAUGAAGAAAUCAUUGGCUCAUGAUGGGCUUGUUCGUGGUCUCCAUGAGGCGGCCAAGGCAAUUGAGAAGCAUGCAGCACAACUUUGCAUUCUAGCUGAGGAUUGUAACCAGGCUGACUAUGUCAAGCUAGUCAAAGCACUUUGUGCUGAUCAUAAUGUGCAUCUAGUAACAGUGCCAAGUGCCAAAACCCUUGGCGAGUGGGCAGGGCUAUGCAAAAUUGAUUCUGAGGGAAAGGCUAGAAAAGUUGUGGGAUGUUCAUGUGUGGUCGUCAAGGAUUAUGGUGAGGAAUCAGAGGGUCUUCAUAUAGUUCAGGAGUAUGUUAAAUCCCACUGAGUUUUGAUAAAUUGUUACUUUUAUGGAUUUCAAGAGACAGAUUGCUGGUGCAGUGUAGAAACAUGGAGCUCAUAAAAUUUGAACUUCCUAGCGUUUGUGGUAACCAUUUCUACUUCUUGUGCUUUAACAUGAUGUUUCUCUUUUCUGGUUA